GUUUUUUUUCUUUUUGCUUUUUGUGUGACGCAUAUGGGAGCAAAUAGCCAAGUCUGAGAUGCAGAGUACAGUCUUGAUCGGUUUCCAGAAGGUGUUUCUCCUGAACUAUACGCCUCAAACAGCUGUACAUAAUUUACAAGAGAGCACCGAAUGAACUGGGGGCAGUCAAAUAGUGUGUGCUUUAUACAUCUUUCGUUAGACUCUUCUCUCCGCUCCUGAGGAAUAGAGAUGUGGUUCUGGAAGUGAUUGCAUUCGGUUUCAAGCACAUGCAGUCUACAUUCAAAUUAUAAAAUGCCAAGGCGAAAUCCGGUUUUUGAAAUGAUGCAUGUCCUAAAUUCCCUUCUCCCAACAAUGAUCAUCAUAUGUUACUUCAUGCCGGGACCGCACACUUGCGUAGCCUUGCAGAAGAAGAAUUCCUGCCAUGUGCAUGACGGCAUAGCUGACUGCAGCCACCUCAGCCUCACUGCGGUCCCUUCAGACCUCCCCAGCAACAUCAUCAGCCUGGAUUUGUCUCACAACAGAUUAAAAGGGAUCCCCCCUGUCUCACUAGCCCCAUACCCGGGCCUCCGCCGUCUCAUUGUCAGUCACAACAGUAUCACCAAGCUGGACCCGGGAUUGUGCCAGACACUGCCUCUGCUGCAGACACUGAACAUGGAACACAAUCAAGUGUAUGUGCUGAAGAAGGAAGACGUGAAUCAUUGCACCAAUCUAACAUGGUUGAUAAUGGCUAGUAAUAAGCUAAAGCUACAAGGAGAGCCCUUCUCUGCACUACAGAGGCUGAAAGUCCUUGAUGUGUCCUUAAACAAACUGCGGUCAGCCAAGCUCGGCACUCAGACUCAGCUACCCAACCUUGUGAGCCUCAAUCUGGCUUUAAAUGACUUCACCACUCUGAAGAAAGACGACUUCUUAUUUCUAGAGCAUUCAUCUUCUCUUCUUGUCCUCAACAUGUCAUUUAUGUCUCUAAAAACGUUGGAGCCUGGUUGCUUUACACCCAUAUCAGGCCUACGUACUUUAAUCAUGGAUGGAAGCAAUAUGGGCACACUGGGUUUUUCUGAACUCUGCUCAGAGCUGUCAGGGACAGCCAUUGAGGCCGUGUAUUUCCGGAAGAUGAAGCUGGCCACACUCACAAACACAACCUUUAAAGCGCUACAGAAAACAAAUCUAACCUAUUUGGAUAUAUCCCAUAAUGACAUGGUUACCAUUGGAGAUGGCUCAUUUCUGUGGCUGUCCAGACUUCAGACCCUUAUUUUGUCAGACAACAUCAUCAAGCAACUUAACAAAAACACAUUUCAGGGCCUCAAAAGUUUGAAAAAACUCCAAAUGACAAAAGCUUUGGUAAAACAUCAUUACAUCCCAACUAUCGAAGAUUUCUCCUUCCAACCAUUAAGUGCCCUGGAGAGUUUGAUAUUACAGAAAACAGCAGCUCAAAAAAUCACAGAGCACACAUUUACAGGCUUGACAAGUCUUAAAGAACUCGAUAUGAGCUGGAGUAACUAUACCUCGCUCAGAAUCAUCAACAACAAGACUUUAGUCUCACUUGCUGGAUCGCCGCUCAGAAAGCUAAAUCUCACCGGAACAGCUAUUUCACAGAUUGAUCCUCAAAGCUUUUCCGUUUUGAAAAACCUCACCAUGCUACUUCUAAAUAACAACUUUAUCAAGCAAAUUCUAACUGGGAAAGAGUUUGAAGGGUUGGAUCAAAUUGAAGAGAUUUACAUGUCGAAUAACCAGCAGACAGUCAAUCUAAUCUCCACGUCUUUUGUUAACGUGCCCAAUCUUAGAGUCCUGACUUUGGGAAAAACUCUUAAAGCCGAAGCUGUUAACCUGGAUCCCUCUCCAUUCAGCCCCCUGACCAACCUCACUUUCCUGGAUCUCAGCAACAACAACAUUGCUAAUAUCAGAGAAGAUAUGUUGAAGGGUCUUGCGUACCUGAAAGUGCUAAAGCUCCAGCACAAUAACUUGGCCCGUUUGUGGAAGAGUGCCAACCUUGGUGGGCCAGUGUUGUUCCUUAAACACUCACUCAGUUUGGUAACCCUUCAGAUGGAUAGUAACGGGCUGGAUGAGAUUCCAGCUGAGGCUCUGAGAGGAUUAGGUAACCUUCGUAAUCUCAACCUGUCCUCCAACCUUUUAAAUAGUCUUAAGGACUCCAUUUUUGGUGAUCUGAAUUCACUGCGGGUUAUAAAUUUACAGAAGAAUCUGAUCACAGCUGUGAGGCCAGAGGUGUUCAAAACUCCUCUGAGCAACAUCAGCCUGCUUGUCAUGGACAAAAACCCAUUUGACUGCACAUGUGAAACCAUUAUGUGGUUUGUGACAUGGUUAAAUGAAACAAACAUGACCCAUGUGCCGGGUCUCAGGGACCAGUAUUUGUGUAACACUCCACUAGCCUACUUUAACCGCUCCAUCAUGGAGUUUGACCCCCUCUCUUGCAAAGACAUGACUCCAUUUCAGACCCUAUACAUACUGACCAGCACUGCUGUGAUCAUGCUGAUGGUCUCUGCAUUUGUGGUGCGGUACCAAGGCUGGAGGAUUCGGUUUUAUUGGAACAUAUUGAUCAAUCGCACAUUAGGAUUUAGCGAUACCCACGCUGCAGAGGGCCAGGAAUUUGAGUAUGAUGCUUAUAUCAUACAUGCAGAGCAGGACAGCAGCUGGGUGGAGAGAAGACUUUCCCCUUUAGAGAAUGACAUGUGCAGGUUUUGUUUGGAGGAUCGAGAUUCAUUGCCUGGUAUGUCACAGCCUGACUCAAUCUUGGAUAAUAUGAGAAGGUCCAGAAAAAUCUUGUUUGUGGUCACUGAAACUCUUCUCAAGGACCCCUGGUGUACAAGAUUUAUAGCCCAACAUGCAAUUCACCGGGACAUUGAAGCCAACAGGGACUCUGUGAUUCUGGUAUUCCUGCAGGAUGUUCACGACUACAAGUUAUCCCGCUCACUCUACCUUCGCAGGGGCAUGCUGCGUCCAUGCUGCAUUUUGGAUUGGCCAGUCCAUAAGGAGAGAGUGCCGGCCUUUCAUCAGAAGCUCCUCAUGGCACUUGGUAUGACUAAUCGAUUGAAGGACUAAAUACAGUUCAUUGGGAGGAAUGGGAAAUUCCAUCUUGAAUAUUAGUCCCACUUUUGUGUUCAGUGAUUAUGAAUUGCAAUCUGAAUUUGCCCUCUUGUACAUAUACUUACUGUACAUACACAUUAUAUACUGAACUGUAGUUUUGUAUGUUCUUCGCAUCGCAUGUUUUUGUGUAAACAUUUUUUGCCUGUUGUAGUACUUUAAAGCAUAAAAUGCAAUGUUUUCCGAUUUUGUUUUUAAAAAAACUCCAGCUGAACACUUACAUCGCAUUAAGAAAUGAACUCUAUACUUUCUGUUAUGUAUAGUAUAAAAUAUCUUAAAUGAAAAAGGCAAUGAUAUUCCAGGUUGUUUUCAUGAAAUGUUACAUUUAUAAAGUGUUAAAAGAUUGGCUCAAGUCUAAUAAAUGUGCAAUUUAAAAAAUAA